AUGGCCGACUCAUCCACCGCUCCGGGCUCGACCCUGCCUCCGCCGCCGACGACGGGCGCCGCGCCGGGCCAGGCGAACUACGAGAAUGGCUCGCAGAGUCAUAUGCCGCCGCCGCUCAACAUCCCGCAGAACAACAGCAAUAUCGGCGCGGGUGCGGAUUUCAUGUCGCCGAACAGUGCGAUUCGACGUAUGGCGCCGGAGCCUAACAAGAGGGCGUUGUAUGUCGGUGGGCUGGAUCCAAGGGUGACGGAGGAGGUGUUGAAGCAGAUAUUUGAGACGACGGGCCACGUGCAGAAUGUGAAGAUUAUUCCGGACAAGAAUCUUGAUAAAUACAAGACUGAAGCUUUCCACCUCCCUUUCUAUACACACAACACGACGAUCAACAUGGCACUAACUAUGGAGUUGCCACAGUUCCAAUCCAAGGGCUACAACUACGGCUUCGUGGAGUACGACGACCCGGCGAGCGCAGAGCGUGCUCUCCAGACGCUGAAUGGUAGGAGGGUCCACCAGCAGGAGAUUCGUGUGAAUUGGGCCUAUCAGUCCAGCAACACUUCCAAGGAGGACACUUCCAAUCAUUUCCACAUCUUCGUCGGCGAUCUCUCCAACGAGGUCAACGAUGAAGUGCUCAUGCAGGCGUUUUCAGCCUUCGGCACGGUUUCGGAGGCACGUGUCAUGUGGGACAUGAAGACGGGACGUUCUCGCGGGUAUGGUUUCGUUGCUUACCGUGACCGCACCGAAGCGGAGAAGGCGCUCAGUUCGAUGGACGGCGAGUGGCUCGGAUCACGUGCCAUUCGUUGCAACUGGGCCAACCAGAAGGGCCAGCCUUCUUUCACGCAGCAGCAGGCGAUGGCGCAGAUGGGCAUGACUCCGACCACGCCUUACGGCCACCACAGCUUCCCGACUCAAGGUGCUCAAUCCUACGAGAUGGUUGUCCAGCAGACCCCGCAGUGGCAGACAACCUGCUACGUCGGCAACCUCACGCCAUACACCACCCAGAACGAUCUCGUGCCGCUCUUCCAGAACUUCGGCUACGUCACCGAGACUCGCUUCCAGGCCGACCGUGGCUUCGCGUUCGUGAAGAUGGACACGCACGAGAACGCCGCGAGCGCCAUCUGCCAGCUCAACGGGUACCAGGUUAACGGCCGUCCGCUCAAGUGCAGCUGGGGCAAGGACCGUCCUCCGACUGGCCAGUUCGACGGCUACUCUCCUGCUGGUGCGCCACCGCAGAGCGCGUAUCCGGCGACUCCGCAGGCGUUCUUCCCGCAGUAUGGUCAGCCGCAUGCUAUGUCUCCUCAGGUCGCCACUCCAGCCGGUCAAUUCCAGCACCCCACCGCCGGCAGCUUCCAGCCACCCAACAUGACUCCGCAAGGCAUGCACCCGCCGCCAGGGGCCUGGGGCCAGCCUCAGAUGACUCCCCAGAGCGCGGGUGGUUUCCAGCCGGGCCAAGGUGCUUUCAUGGGUCAGCCGCAGCCUCCUGCUGGCUUCGGUCGCGGCUACGGUGGCUACUAG